AUGUGGUCAGGAUCAUCUAUUGGUGCCAUUGACUCCAGCUAUGUCGAUGAAGCUUCAACAGACACAUACAAUAUCGUCAUUUUCGGAGAAACAGGAGCUGGCAAAAGCUCCUUGGUCAAUUUAAUCGUUGGGUCAGAAACAGCACCGGCAUCCUGCGACGCUGAAGGAUGUACAGCUGAAACUCAGGAGUACAUAUACGAUCUUGUGAUUCACGGCAAGACCUCGAAGGUAAAGUUUUUCGAUACAGCUGGUCUUGGUGAGGGCUCUGAGGGCAAAGUCCCUGACAAGAAAGCUCGGAAAAUUUUGAAGGACAUCCUUCAAAGGCUCAUGGAGCAGGACGGAAUCCAUCUCCUCAUGUACUGUGUUGAUGGCAAGAAACAAGGCAGGGAAGCGAUCAAGGCACUCUGCCGCAACUACAAACUAUGUACAUUCGAAGUCAAGAAAAGGGUUCCAAUUGUCCUCGUUGUCACACGUUUGGAAACCAUAGAACCAGAAAUGGAAGAAUGGUGGAAGAACAACGAGCAGUUCAUCUCAGAGCAUGACAUGACUUUUACUGGCCACGCAUGUAUCACCACGCUGACCGAUGAUGCGAUGCUUCAGGGGCGCCACGACCAGUCAUACUUCAACGUCUGCAAACUCAUUGCGGAAUGUUGUACGAGGAGCGGAUCCAAGAGAAACGAGUGCAAAGGGAACGGGCCUAAGAGGAAUGUGCCCGAAAGGAAGUUGCCCAAAAAAAUCAAAAGCACCGCGCCCCAAAGAAUCGAUUCCGAAAGGAACAGACCCAAGAAUAUCGUACUAUUUGGGGAGACGGGGGCAGAUAAAAGUUCACUCGUCAAACUUAUGGCGGGGAGGGAGGUGUCAGUCACAUCUCCUGACCCGCAACGUUGUACGAUGCACUGGAAAGACUACAUCAUCGACUUCGGAGACAAGACUUACAAGGUGUUCGAUACCAUUGGACUUGAGGAACCACAACUAGGGAUCAGAGAGUACCUCGAGUCUGUAGACGGCGCCUAUAGGCUCAUCAAGGAAUUGGACCGACAAGGUGGCAUUGAUCUGCUUCUGUUCUGCAUUCGCCCCUGCCGAAUAAAUGCUACGCUUUACGGCAAUUAUAAGCUGUUUCAUGAUUACCUCUGCGAGGGGAACGUUCCCAUCGUUCUUGUGAUCGCGCACCUCGAAAGAGAGAUGGAGGGCUGGUGGGAGGGAGUACAGAGUAAGUUCGAACGCUAUGGAGUUCGGGUCGCUGAUCAUGCGUGUAUCUUCGCCACUGAUGGAUCGGAUGGCCCAUACGAAACCUGUGAUGAUGAAGUCACGAUCCGCCAUCUUGUGGAGAAGUUUACUGCCAACGGGCAGAAACCAGCAUGGAUAGGAGGAGACAAUCUGUUUGUGUCGUUGAUGCGUAAACUGAAGGGGCUACCUGGUGGGAAUCUGCGUGUGAAGGGGGUGAGCAUCAUGUCUCGCCUCAUGAACCGUUGUGAUACAUCUCGACAAGUCGCAAGAAAGUUGGCUUAUAUGAUCAAGCAAGACGCGUCUACUAGUUGA